CUUUAUAUUUUUUCAAGACUCAAUAAACUGCCCACUUCUUUCUCAAAAUGAGGUGUCUGUGGGGGCGGCCCUUGUCGCUCCGUGUGUCAAGGGUCCUCCGACUGCUAGCACACAGCGGCGAGCAGAGAAGGCAGGGGAGGAACUGCACAGACUCGGCGGCGGAGGGCGGCGGCGGCCCGCCCCUGGGGCGGGAAAAGCGGAGGUGCCAGGAGACACCUGGAAGCCCUUCCCCGCCCGGGCACGUAACAGAGCUGGAAGCCCGGCUGCCAGGGACGUGUCAUCGCGGCGCCAGCCUGGGAGCGCUGCGGCGCGGCGGCAGGAGAAACAGCAGAGGACGCCCUGGAAGAGCAGGAGCACGUGGGCCUGAGAGAAUGGCGCCAACACCAGCCCUGCAAAGCCACAUUCCAAAGCGGGGCCGGUGACAGCCACCGUGGCCCCGCAGGCCUCAGAGAAGACGGUCAAGCCAGCCAAGGCCGCCUCCCUGGCCAGGGGACUCCCAACGCGCAGGCGCAGCUGCCGGGGAGGGGCAACUGGGCGGAGUCAAGAGCCGGAAGUGCCUAGCGCCGCAGCCCCUCCCGGGAAACCAGCGGACCGGAACUCCCCGGAGUUCCCGGCCCCAGACAGAGCCCCGGGUUGCUGGGCAACCGAUGCGGCCACUGCAGCCGGUCUCUGCCUUGCUGGGAACAAGCCCGGUGUAGCUCCCACCUCCGGCGCCGGUAACCUCCCGUCCCGCCCACCUCCCUUAUUGUCGCCUCUCCUCCCGUCGCGGAAUCCUUGCCCUUGGCACUACUUGCAUCUCUCCGGGUCCCACGACACCUUAGCGCCCACUUGCUUCAAAGCCAAGCUCCACCGAAAGCGAGGUGUUCUGCCCCCGGACAUGGCCUCGACGCUGACUGACAGCACCUCUCGGGCCCCGGGCACCUACACCUACACCAGCCGGCCUCGGGCACUGCCCUGCCAGCGCCGCCGUUACCGGGACAGCCUGACGCAGCCGUGAGUGUCCAAGCCAGCCCCUGUGUGAUCCCUACUUGCACCCAUCCCCGGGGUCUUCGCCCUGGCAAGGGCUGCUCAUGCUGUCUUUCCUUGGCCUCACUCUGCCGAAAUAAACGUUCUGCCCUAAGGAA